AUGGCUACAACUGACUCCCAGCAAAAAUUCACCAAUCCUUCUAACUACUCCUUCCCUCAUGAUCGACUCAACCGAGUCUUGCGCGAUCCCUCCAAAAUACCGUUGGUGCUUGUAGCCUGCGGUUCAUUCAGUCCCGUUACUUAUCUUCACCUUCGAAUGUUUGAAAUGGCGAAAGACUACGUUCGACAAAACACAAACUACGAGAUCGUCGGCGGCUACUUGAGCCCUGUCAGUGAUAUGUACAAGAAAGCGGGCCUGCUCAGUGCAAACCAUCGUGUCGAAAUGUGCACUAUUGCCGCUGAUGAUAUCUCGACGCCGUGGCUUAUGGUUGAUCCUUGGGAGGCCUUUCAAUCUUACCAGAGGACUGCUGUUGUGCUUGACCAUUUCGAUCAUGAAUUGAACACAGUUCUGGGCGGCGUCCAAACAGAAGACGGCGAACAUCGAAACGUUCAAGUUAUGCUUUUGGCUGGCUCCGACCUCAUCAGUACUAUGAGUGAACCCGGAGUAUGGAGUCACGAGGAUCUGGAUCAUAUUCUCGGGCGAUAUGGUUGCUUCAUCAUCGAGCGUGCCGGUACGGACGUUGACCAAGCAAUCGAUAGUCUUGCUCGAUGGAGACACAACAUCCAUAUAAUCUCUCAGCUCAUUCAGAAUGAUGUUUCAAGCACAAAAGUCCGGCUGUUUUUAAGACGUGGGUUAUCAGUGCGCUACCUUCUUCCGUCGAGAGUGGUGGAUUACAUCGACGAGAAUAAUCUGUACAUUGACGAAGCUGCUGCUGCGGAGAAGGAAAAGGAGCGCGAGCAGCAGCAAUACAAGAAGGAGUCUUGUGCAUAA